AUGGUCACUAUAUUCACAAUGUUCAUCCCAGAGUCUCCUCGCUGGCUGCUGUCUCGGGGCAGAGUGGAGGAGGCAGAGGCCAUAGUGAGAGAUGCUGCUAAAAAGAACAAAAUCAAGCCUCCGCCGGUCAUCUUUAGUCCUUUGCAGAAAGAACUUCAAUGCGAGAGUAAGGCCCUCAACAUCUGUGACCUGCUCCGUUCCCCAAACAUCCGCUGGAUCUCCCUCACGCUGUGGCUGGUCUGGAACACCUUGACCAUUGCUUACUUUGCUCUUUCCCUAAACACGGCAAACCUUCACGGUAACGCUUACUUCAACUGUUUCGUGUCGGCUUUGGUUGAGAUACCAGCCUACACUUUGUCUUGGGUAAUGUUUCGCUGGUGGUCCAGACGACUGAGUCUCUCAUCAACCCUCUUCAUGGGAGGAGUGUUUCUACUCUCCGUACAGCUCAUGCCAGCAAACCUGGUUUAUCUCUCCAUAACACUGGAGAUGAUGGGGAAGUGUGCGGUGACGACAGCAUUUGCUAUUGUGUACGCAUACACAGCUGAACUCUACCCAACAGUGUUGAGGAAUACGGCCUUGGGGGCCUGCUCCAUGGCCUCCAGAAUAGGCAGCAUCAUUGCCCCAUACUUCAUUUACUUAAGAAGCUAUUCCGUUUCACUGCCUUACAUCCUUAUGGGAAGCAUGACAGUUGCGUCCGGGUUGCUGACCCUCCUGCUGCCCGAGAGCUAUGGAAUGCCUCUGCCUGACACCAUCAGUCACAUGCAACACCCCGGGUAA